UUGGAGAAACAGCUAAUGACAGCAUCAGAAGUAUUAACUCAGCAAUUCCGUGAACAAUCAUCAAUUUCACAUCAAUUGUCGCAGCUACAAACAUCACUGGAAGUGAUUUCACAUCUUGUAACAAUUCUGCCACAAGAACAAGUUGUUCCGAAUGUGAAAAUGCUACAGCGUGGAAUUGUUGCCUGCCUGAAUUGCCAGCAAAAUCAGAUAAUGCGAAGUUUAUAUCAACUUAUCGCGAAACUGUUCGAAAGAACGAAAAACUCUCCGGAAGGCUUGGAUGAACUGGAGACAAUCAAUCAAUUUGUAACAAAAUUUAUCAACGAUACGUUCAUAAAUUAUGAAAAGUAA